CUUCAUGUAAUUGUUCACUGUUCAUAUCAACUUGUUUCCUAUGAUUUUCAAUCAUCCACAGUCUCUUCUGUAAGUCCGCAGUGGAGUUUCUGGUCAUCAAGAAAAGAUAAAAACAGUAAAAAUUAGCAUUAGUCGCUCCGAUCUGAUCCUGGAAACAUUUCCAUCAGACCAACGAUGCUGCAACGAAGCUACGACGUAGACGACGACGACGACGUCCGUUUCGCCACUGCGGUUGCUGCUUCUGCGCACGCAAUACAUUCCCUUGACGAAGCCGGUUUGCAUGUUCAAGUUACAAAGAGAAAUACUACCAGAAAACAAGAGCCCUUGAGGCCACCACAAUCAGGUUCCGUGAAGAAGCCAUCUCCAAAAGACGGUCGGAAUUCGUCGUCUCUGAGGCCUACGCUUCCGGUUGCUGCGGACCAAAAGCAAAAGGAAACUCCAAUCAGAAGUUCAUAUAGUGAAGCAGAUGCUUGGGAGAAAGCUCAGAUAGCAAAGAUCCGAAAACGGUAUGAGAAGAUGCAGUCAGAAAUUCUGGCUUGGGAAAAUGAGAAGAAACUAAGAGCGAAGCAGAAAAUGGAAAGGAAAAAGGGGGAACUGGAGCUGAGAAAAUCAAGAAACCUGCAACACUAUUACAGCAAGAUAGCCAGGAUUGAUGACAUAGCUGGUGGAGCAAGAGCUCAGGUCGACGAGAAACGCAGACAGGAAGAGUCUGUCGUCAAGCAGAAAGCAAGCAGAAUGAGAUUAACCGGAAGAGUUCCGGUCGACUGCUUCUGCUUCUGACUGAGCACUUAUGAGCUCAAAGAAAAGUUGUACAUAUAUGGAGUUUAUGAGACAAUGCAAGUUUUAGUUUUCUCGUUGAUAUAAUCAGAAUGAUCAUACACUUCUUUAUGAUG